CGGAUGAGCCUAUCAGAAAACCAUACAGUGUACCACUCGUUAAUGAUUAUGGCAAAGUGUUACUACACCCCCUCUCUACAGGACGCCGUUCCUGGCAAGCCUUUCCGCUCCCAGCAUGCCCUGAGGGCAGCAAGCGCGGGCCUGCUUGAGCGGGGCACUCUGGGGGUUGUAGUUCUUCUCCUUCUCUAGGCAGGCCGGGCCUACUCCUGGUCGUCCCGCCUCCCGGGUGCUUUUCCCGUCGACUGAGGAAGUCGUCGAGAACGGAGCCGGCGCGGAGGGAGGCGGCAGCGGCGGGAUGGCGCGGCAGGGCAGCCGAGGGGGAGCCGAGAGCAAGAAAAUGGCCAAUCCAAAUCAAACUCUCCCUGGGGACAGUCCCUAACCGGUUGUGGGCAAUUCUGUGUCGCCGAUGCUAAAUGCAUUUUGAAUUUGUCUAGAGCUCGGAGCUCUUCACUCUGACCUAUGGGGCUUUGGUCACUCAGCUGUGUAAGGACUACGAGAACGACGAAGACGUCAACAAGCAGCUCGACAAAAUGGGCUACAAUAUUGGCGUGCGACUCAUUGAAGACUUUCUGGCCCGGUCCAAUGUGGGGAGAUGCCAUGACUUCAGAGAAACUGCGGAUGUCAUUGCAAAGGUGGCAUUUAAGAUGUACUUGGGUAUCACCCCGAGUAUCACCAACUGGAGUCCAGCGGGUGAUGAGUUCUCUCUUAUCCUGGAAAACAACCCCCUGGUGGACUUUGUGGAGUUGCCAGACAACCACUCGUCUCUGAUUUACUCUAACCUCUUGUGUGGGGUGCUGCGGGGAGCCCUGGAAAUGGUUCAGAUGGCUGUGGAUAUCAAAUUUGUCCAGGACACAUUAAAAGGAGAUGGAGUCACAGAGAUAAGGAUGAAAUUUAUCAAGCGGAUUGAAGACAAUCUCCCUGCUGGAGAGGAGUGAGUCCCAGAUCAGCCUCCCUACUGAACUGGAGGGGAUGAGCCAACCCCACCUGGGAUUCACUAGGCACGUAGUGCCUUCUGUACAUUCGGACACUCUGACUGGUUAAUUAAGAUGACGAUCUACUUCAUUUCCUUAGGAAGCAACUGUUUGAAUUGUUCUGUUUUAUUUCCACAGAUUUGUAUUAUAGCCCUUUGUAGGGUGUAGAACACUUUUUUCAUACUCACUGGACACAAGCACCUGUUUCUAGUUUCCAUGUUUUGGCUCCAUGCAGAUAUGGAGCCUAUGUUAAAACCUUGUAAACUUGAGUUGUGGCACCAAAAUCGGAUCCCAGCCACAGACACCCUUCUCGUUUUGUGGCAUCUGAAGAGCAUCGGCUGCCCCCCCCCUCCUGUUCAUAGAGAUGGGAGCCAGAACUCCUAUAAAUCUAGCACAUAACACAGAAUAUAAUUUGAAAGAGGUUGGGGUUCCCAGUAGAAUGCACCCUGUCUUGCUAGUUUAGUUAUGCUAUGAAUAACAUGAUCAUUAAGGGUAUAACGUCUGUAAUUUCAUCAGUGUAGCAAAAAAGCCAUUCAAAAACUACUGUUGGUUCAUUUUUGGUAUGAACGAUCUUUCUGUGGGCAUCCUGUGUCAGGCAGUGCUGCUUGCUGAAGACGGCGAGGGAGUGGUUCAUACCCAAUUCCUCCUAGGCUGAGGGAGAUCUCGAAGGAGACUUGUCCACAGCAUGCCAUUUGAGCUUGGCAGGAUAGAAUCCCAAUUGGGAUAGAAUCCCAAUUGCUCCGCACAUUGAAUGUGUCGUGCUGAAGGCCUCGGUUUUUAAAAAUACAGUCAGAAACUGCUUUCAAACCAUCAUAAUCUGGGGAGGGUCAGCGUUCCUUCUUGCAGCAGGCUUGAUUUCUGUAACUAAUUGACUUGAGUAACUUAAAUGCAUGGUUCCUUUCAGAGAGACCAGCCAGGCAGGGCUUCCGAGGUGUUAUAAUGGGCUGAGAAGACGCUAAGAGGAUAUAGUCAGUGAUGGAAGAUCUUCCUUGCCUGGUUGAUGUGUUUCCCUCCUUCCCCCACCUCAGAAGACAAGAAUUCUAUUCCAAGAGGUUGUGGAAAGAAGCUUAUGAUAGACUGAUCCAUCUGUGUGAGCUAGGCUUUUUGUGCUGGGUCACUGAAGGGGUAUUAGAGAGCACUCUAGGAUGAAUUUUUAAUAGGGAAAACUUAUAUGGUUGAAUGGGCUUGGGAAUUAAAUGCAUAACCCAAGUUUAAUUUCCACUGGCUCUGUUUAGAUGGGGGAUCUCAUCUGUGUGUACCUCACGAGGCACAAUAUAUCCGUCAGUAAUAUCUGCCCGUAUCUGGAAUAACAAAAUGCAUCUGGCACAAGCGGACACUUGUGCUUUUGCAUCAUGAACAAUUCUGAGUGCAAAACUGUAAGAGAAAUGCAGCAGUGGGACCUGGAGCAUGGGUUUUAUGGCUUACAUGUGCACCAGUUGAGCAUCUUAUUAAUAGGUCCCUACCCUUGGGUUCCCAUUUGUUGGACUACAGUUCCCCCCCCCUCCUCCAGCCAUUGAGGCUGAGGUUGAUGGGAGUUGUAGUCCAACAACAUUUGGGGACCCAAGGUUGGGAGCCCCUGUUAGACGUUGUGGGCCACAGCUAUGGGUAGGCAGUGACUCAGUCUUGGAGACUUUGCGGACUAAUCUGUGCAGGACGGUGGAAUGAAGCAGCUUAUCUUGGAUGUGGGAGAACAGAAGUUAAAUUGCUGCAUCACCAGGAUAGUGCAGUGUUCCCUAAAAAGCUGGAUGCUUCAUGCUGAUGACAUUUUUUUUCUAGUUCUGCCCUUUGAGUCCUUUCACCUGAAUCGGCCUCUAAGGAAGAGGAGCAAAACUUGAACUUCUGCCCUCGGCUGACUUUGGCCAGAUUUGUAGUGUGUGUUGCUGUGGAGGGGUGGUGAACUGGGGUUUUUCUAAAUUAUGUGAGUUGCAUAUAAAAUGUUGAUGCUCCAAGCCCUGUGUCUGCUCAUUGAAAACUUAUUGUGAAAAAUGCAUUCCUACAGUCUGAGGGAAGAUUGACACCCCGAAAGAGCAUCUCAUCGUUGUUCCUUCUGUGAUACUCUGAAACUUGUUCAAACACAAAAAGAGUUGCACUGAGUGGUCGGCAAAUGGGUAUUAGAUGUAUAUAAUUGAAACAUUUUUGUCAUAAGGGGUCAUUCAUGUGUGUUUCCAUUUGUAAAGCUUUUGAAGGCGACAUUUUAAAACAAUUACAUUAAAAGGAGCUAUAACUAU